GCGAGGACCCCGUCACCCUGGCUUGGAACCCUGUUCCUUGGGGCGAAUCCUUGGACCCCAGCCACAGCAGUGUCGGGGAUCCUCACUAGGGACCCCCUCCUGGCGAGGAUGAGGGGCGCACUUCUCUCCACAGCGGGCUCUCCUACCCAUCACCGACCCCAGCCUUUCUGCCUAAUGGAGGCCCUGAGCUCACCACCAUGGGGUGCCCUCUCCUGCUGUCUAGUUAUGAGAUGCUUUCCAGAGCUGCCUGGAGCUUGGUGCUGAGGAGAGGACCUGGAAUGCGGGGGACCCACAGUCCAGGAGGUGCCGCUGGCGGCCAGGCCAAGAUGCCCCCCUAUACCAACCACCACGCCCAGCGCUACUACCCCAUGCCAGAUGAUCCCUUCUGCACGGACCUCAGCGCCGAGCAGCGCAUCCUGAAGGAGAAGGAGAAGAGCAGCUGGACGCAGCUGAGCCACGCCGAGAAGGUGGCCUUGUACCGGAUCCAGUUCGGAGAGACCUUUGCAGAGAUGAACCGGCGCUCCAAUGAGUGGAAGACUGUGACGGGCUGUGUCUUCUUUUUCAUGGGCAUAACAGCUCUGCUGGUUUGGUGGCUGCGGGUCCACGGUGAGUGGCUAUGCCUCGCCUGCAGCCUGGGCCAUUUCUUGCUGGCCACUCUCUUCAGGGAAUCAUCCAGGGAUUUGCGUGAAGAGUUUUUAAAAGCCUCCAAAAAGGUGGAGAGUGGAAGGCAGAACGUAACUGCCUGGGUUGGAGUGCAGGAUGUGUACCUCCCCGAGGCUCAGUUUCCUCAUCUGUACAAUGGGAAUAACAAUGCCCACACCUCAGGGUACUUAUGAGAAGGCAUAGGACAGUGCUUAGCAUAUAGUUAGAGGCAGUGUUUCACGGACUACUGUGUAGUGGCCAUGUAUUUUCCCAUAUACUGUUUUAGUUGCUGCAAUAAGAAUUCUCAACAUACAAGAACUUAAACAGUUUAUUCCUUUCUCAUAUAUAAAGAUAUACUUCAGAUAAUAUUGAAUAUUCCACAAUUGAUAUUCCACAAAGCAAGCUCCUUUUAAUAUUAUUUUUAUUUCCAGACAAGGUUUUACCAUGCAGCUUAGGCCGGCCUUUAACUGUGUAGCCCAGU